UGGUUCUCUCGUGGGAAAAUUUCAAAAACGCGAAAAGGAAGAAGAGUCCAGAUCGGAAAUGGAGGACGCGCUUCUGCAGAAGACCUCGCCGGAUAAAUCAUCCACCGUCUCCGUCGCUGUUUCCGUCGCCGGAGCUUCCGAAGAUGUAGGCGGAGACGGAUGGAGGAGGUGCGUGUUGAGCCGGAGGGAGUUCACGGCGGAGAUGAAGAAGAUGAUGGAGAUCGCGGCCCCUAUGGUGGCGGUGACGGUGUCACAGUACCUGAUGCAGGUCGUUUCCAUGUCAAUGGUCGGUCAUCUCGGCGAGCUCGCCCUCUCUGGAGUCUCUGUCGCCACUUCUUUGGCCAGCGUCACUGGCUUCAGUGUCUUGUUCGGGAUGGCAGGUGCGCUUGAAACCUUAUGCGGCCAAGCAUUUGGAGCAGAGCAAUACCAGAAGCUCGGAACCUACACUUACUCCUCCGUGAUCACGCUUCUUUUACUCUGCAUCCCAAUCUCCAUUCUUUGGCUCUUCAUGGACAAGCUUCUGAUCCUAUUCGGACAAGACCCUGGAAUCUCAGCCGUUGCUUACCAGUACAUAAUCUAUCUAAUCCCAGCUCUCUUCGGUUUCGGGAUUCUUGAAUCUCUCAUUCGAUAUUUCCAGUCUCAGAGCCUGAUCUCUCCCAUGUUGUGGGCAACUUUGUCAGCUCUCUUUCUCCACGUUUGUCUCUGUUGGGUCUUGGUUCAUAAGCUCGGAGCUGGAGUUGUGGGAGCUGCUGUUUCUCUGGGAGUUGCUUACUGGGUUAACGCGAUCUUGCUCUGGAUCUACAAGGACUGGUCUUCCACUUGUGAGAAGUCGAGGGCUUUUGACUUGUCGGAUGUUUUGUCCAAGAUCAAGGAGUUCUUCUGCUUCGCUCUUCCUUCCGCAAUGAUGAUGUGCUUGGAACUGUGGUCAUUCGAGUUCAUGAUUUUGCUUUCUGGACUUCUUCCCAACUCUCAACUCGAGACUUCGGUUCUCUCCAUCUGCCUCACGACAACUACGCUUCAUUACUACUUCAUCUACGGUGUUGGUGCAGCCGCAAGUGUCCGGGUUUCAAACGAAUUGGGGGCAGGGAAUCCACGGGACGCCAGAGUGGCGGUGACCGCAGCUGUUGCAGUUGCGGGAGCAGAGGCCAUUUUGAUCGGCAUCACUCUCAUAUGUUUCCGUAGGAUCUGGGGAUACGUUUACAGCAAUGAAAAGGAAGUUGUAGAGCUCUGCACAUGGAUGACUCCAUUGUUGUGCCUUUCUGUCAUAUUCGACAGCAUGGUCGCCAUCUUCUCCGGGGUGGCUCGAGGGACGGGAUGGCAGCAUCUAGGAGCGGUGGUGAACAUAGGAGCGUAUUACCUUGUAGGGAUCCCUAUAGGAGCCGUCCUGUGUUUCGUGAUGGAAUGGGAAGGAAGAGGAUUGUGGGUCGGAGUAUUAUCAGGCUCUGCUCUCCAAGCCUUUCUUCUUGGUCUCAUCACAUCUCUCACCAAUUGGCACAAACAGGCGAUGAAGGCGAGAGAGAGGUUGCUGGACAGCAGAGACGGCCAUGGAUUGCUCGCUUGAGUAAAACUAGGCGAGGAGAUUCAGUAAUACCGAUUUUGGAAACAAGACAGUAUCUUGACUGUCCAUUAGAGGAGCUUAAGCAUGGUGGUUAUUAAAAGGGAAAGUGAACCGGCAAAGCAGGAGCCAAAUAAGUAAAUACUUGGAUUUACGCCCAUAUGAAUAAAACCUCUCUCGACCAUUUCGUAUU